AUCAAUAUCAAACCGGAAUGCGUUCAACACUAUACAGAUUGUGUGUGCAACUUUCGCUUCUUAUGGUCACAUGGUUGUCAAAAGUGGACAGUGGUCAAACUUGUCUUUCCUGUAAAGCCAUCCCACAACCCACUGAGUGCUCCAUAGUAACAAGAUGUGGCGAGCAUGAGCAAUGUUUUGUUCAGAAGUACGUCAACAAUGAUGGACAUGUGAGAUAUGAUCUUGGUUGUGCUUCAAACUUGACAUGUCACGUGAUUCCAACCAAACGAAAACUCUCCAGAGUAUCAGGGCCGGACACCGCCAUCGUGUGUGAGGCAUGUUGUAACGAUACCAAGGUCUGCAACAUUCAGGACCUGUGCGGAAGUCGGGUUUUACCUGAGAAUGCGGGGAAUAUUUGUUUCUCCUGUAAAUACCAACUCGAUGCUGACGGUUGUGAUCACAUCGAACUCUGCUCCAGGGAUAGGGCUUGUUAUAUAGGCCUGGCUCACGAUGAGACGAGUCCACUUUACCACUGGGUGACAGGCUGUGCUCCCCGUGACACUAAAUGCAAAAGUUUGCUACACUAUUCCGACAAUCCAUUUUGUUCUAUCUGCUGUGACGAGACGCUCUGUAAUAAUCGAUGUCAGCGAAAUAACACAACACAACUGGUAAAACAUCUCUUCUGCUUUUCAACAGAGACGUGCACAGAUUAUGACCGGUUUUGUCCGCUGUUAAGAGACAAAUGUGACUCAGUACCAGACGUUCGAGCCGCCUGUCCUAGGACGUGUUCGUCCUGUCAGCUUACCAUCACAACCGCUACUCCUAUAACCAAUAUCUACUCACAAUACACACCUACAAAGUAUACAACUAAAACGCCCAAUCCAACACACUCUUCUACGACUCUUACAAGAAAUACGUCCCAGCAUACCACUGAAAGUAUAAAUCCAACACAGUCUUCUACGACUCUUACAAGAAAUACGUCCCAGCAUACCACUGAAAGUAUAAAUCCAACACACUCUUCUACGACUCUUACAAGAAAUCCGCCCCAGCAUACCACUGAAAGUAUAAAUCGAACACACUCUUCUAUGACUCUUACAAGAAAUACGUCCCAGCAUACCACUGAAAGUAUAAAUCGAACACGUUCGUCGACGACAGCUGGAGGGAAUCCUUCAAUGCACAUGACUGAAUUAUCAACGUUAUUGUCCAUUACGCAUUCACAGAGCACAGACAAUCUACUUAAUGGCAGUACUCAGGGGAUUUCCAGUGUUUACCAACCAACCAAUGGACAAAACAGCAACAGUACAACUCCGGAUCCGUCCGUAAAUGGAUGUGCUGACGCAGUAAAUAUCAAUUGCAUGAAAUACAAUUUGUUUGACAUCUGUAAUAGGACUAGCAUUUACUAUUCCUGGGGAAGCACACGUUGUCGUUAUACCUGUGGAUUGUGUCAUGCUUAUCCUUGUGUUGAUAAUCCUUGUGUUGAUACGAUCACCAACUGUGAUGAAUACGAACAGGCGCUCUGUACAGAUCACACCUUCUCCAGUUUUGUCUAUCGUCACUGUAGAAAAUUCUGCCAGAUAUGCUGAUUCCGGAACUGGAAUUGAGGAAUUCCAUUCGAGCGUCCGAGGAGUGGGGGCGAGGAAUCCUGAAAUCUUCCUUUUAUUUUUAAAUUACGAACGUAUGACGACCUCGCCUAACCCCUCCUCCCUAGCAAUUCGACAUCUGUGGAUAGAAUUUUAUUUGCACAUUGAUGUUUUUCAUAUCACAUAAUUUUUCAUCUUGAAACUGGUUUGUUUGUUGUUCUUUGUGUUAAAAUAGCAUUCAUUUAUCUUGUGUGAUUUAUCUGAUAUGUCUUUGCUUUAUAUUCGCUAAGAUUCCAGAAGUUGAUAAAACAGAAAAGUGAUCACACGAUUACAUUGUGACAUUAAAAAAAUUGCUAAUCUG